AUGGAUCCAGACACGGUCACAGCAGAUAUCAGUAUCUUCUCCUUCUUGUACGCUCUUCUUUUGCUACCAUUUUUGGUCAUCCUCAAGCACAUUUUCCUCAAACCUCCACCACUUCCACCAGGUCCAUAUCCAUGGCCUAUUAUCGGAAACCUCCUUCAAAUGGGGAAGAACCCUCAUGCCAAACUAGCCAACCUCGCCAAACUCCAUGGCCCACUCAUGUCCCUCCGCCUCGGUACACAACUGAUGGUGGUGGCGUCCUCGCCUGCAGCAGCAAUGGAAGUACUCAAGACCCAUGACCGGGCCCUCUCUGGCCGGUACCUCAGUAGCUCAGUUCCAGUGAAGAACCCUAAACUCAACCAUUUGUCAAUAGUGUUUGCCAAGGACUGCAAUACAAACUGGAAGAAUUUGAGAGCUAUUUGCCGGAUGGAGCUGUUUUCGGGCAAAGCAAUGGAGUCUCAGGUGGAGUUGAGGGAGAGGAAGGUGACGGAGUUGGUGGAGUUUUUGGCAACAAAGGAAGGUGAAGUAGUGAAGGUUAUGGAUCUAGUGUUUACUACUAUUUGUAAUAUACUAAGCAAUAAAUUUUUCUCAAUGGAUCUUUGCGAUUUUGAGGAUGAGGGUAGAGUUGGGGGAGCAUUGAAGGAUCUCAUACAUAAGAAUGCAGAAUUCGGCGCUACUCCAAAUUUAUCAGAUUAUUAUCCUAUAUUGGGUGGAUUGGAUAUCCAGGGUAUUAACAGGAAAGCCAAGGAGAUGUUUGAGAGGAUUCCCACUACUUGGGAGGACAUUCUCAAAGAAAGAAGAACGCAAAGGAGUAAUAGAUCCAGCCAUCGAGACUUCUUGGAGGCUCUGUUAGAAAUUGGGUUUGAAGAUGAUCAGAUCAACCAAGUGAUUCUGGAGCUGUUCAGUGCUGGGGCAGAAACUAGUAGUUUGACGGUAGAAUGGGCAAUGGCAGAACUGAUAAGAAACCAAGACGCCAUGGAUAAACUCCGCGGAGAACUCAGACAAAUAGUCGGUGAAUCUCCAGUAAGAGAAUCCCAUUUGCCUCGUCUGCCCUAUCUCCAAGCCUGUGUGAAAGAGGCACUGAGAUUACACCCUCCAGCACCACUACUCCUUCCUCACCUUGCCGCGGAAACAUGCCAAGUCAUGGGCUACACAAUUCCGAAAGACUCGCAAAUAUUUGUGAACAUUUGGGCGAUGGCGAGAGACCCCAAGAUUUGGGAUGACCCAUUGAGCUUUAAACCAGAAAGGUUUCUGGAUUCAAAGUUGGACUUCAAGGGAAAUGAUUUCGAGUAUAUACCAUUUGGCGCAGGAAGGAGAAUAUGCCCAGGAUUGGCUUUGGGUGGUAGGCAAGUUCCCCUGAUCCUAGCGACGUUUGUCCACUUAUUUGGUUGGUCCCUUCCGGGCAACAUGGACUCUGCCCAGCUAGACAUGGAGGAAUGGUUGGUUAUUACAUUGAGGAAGGAACAGCCGCUACGCCUUGUUCCUAGGGUUAGAAAAUAG